UCAGCGUUCAGUUGAGCGCCGUACACGUUCGAAGCAGGUCGCGUGUCCGUGGUGGUUCCGAGAGUGUGUGUCCCUAGGUAGAAGAGGCGCACCACACCGUUUGAUUCGUGUGUGCGUGUGUGGUUGUUGUGUGUGAGCGCGAGUGUCCUUCUUGUGGGCCUUCAUCCCCCCCCGUCCCCCUGGUUUCUCUAGAGUGGUGAAAAAAAAUGACAGUGUGAGAAUAAUCCAAAAGGAAAGAGAGCGAGAAAGGAGCGCGCGCGAGCGAGCGUGUAGAAAGAAGCCGAAGAAGAAGAAGAAGGAAAGCGAGUGAGUGAAGAAAAUCGAUUUUCACCAAAGCAGAAGCAGGUCGUCGGCGAAGAAGCGGAAGGAGAAAGAAGAAGGAGUACGAACACAGAGAGAGAGACCCUCCCCGACAGGUCGCCCAGCGCGUGGAAGGAUUUGCCCCUGCCCACCCGUUGGAGCCCUGCUCCCCCUCUCCCCCCAGCGGCGUUCACUCACACAAAGGAAGUUGAAGUUGUCAAACAGGAGUUGAAAAAUCCAGACGCAAAAUGCCACCAAAGAAGAAAGGAGAUAAUUUGGAUGAGCUGAAGCAGGAGUUGGACAUCGAUUUUCACAAAAUCUCCCCGGAAGAACUGUACCAACGACUACAGACACAUCCAGAAAAUGGUCUCAGCCACGCGAAAGCAAAGGAAAACCUGGAACGAGAUGGACCAAACGCACUCACCCCACCUAAACAGACGCCCGAGUGGGUCAAGUUCUGCAAGAAUCUCUUCGGUGGCUUCGCCAUGCUGCUGUGGAUCGGUGCUAUUCUCUGCUUCGUCGCCUACUCGAUCCAGGCCAGUACCGUUGAGGAACCGGCCGACGAUAACCUGUACCUCGGCAUCGUGCUGUCCGCCGUCGUGAUAGUCACCGGUAUCUUCUCGUACUAUCAGGAAUCGAAAAGUUCAAAGAUCAUGGAGUCGUUCAAGAACAUGGUGCCCCAGUUUGCGACCGUGCUGCGCGAGGGUGAGAAGCUGACGCUGCGCGCCGAAGACCUGGUCAUCGGAGACGUCGUCGAGGUCAAGUUCGGAGACAGGAUACCCGCCGAUAUCCGCAUCAUCGAGGCGCGAAGCUUUAAGGUCGACAACUCGUCGCUCACCGGAGAGUCGGAGCCGCAGUCGCGUGCCCCGGACUUUACCCACGAGAACCCGCUGGAAACCAAGAAUCUGGCCUUCUUCUCCACCAACGCCGUCGAGGGAACCGCGAAGGGAGUCGUCAUCAGCUGCGGAGAUCACACCGUGAUGGGACGUAUCGCCGGGUUGGCCUCGGGUCUGGACACCGGAGAGACUCCGAUCGCGAAGGAAAUUCACCACUUUAUCCAUCUGAUUACCGGUGUGGCCGUGUUUCUGGGUGUGACGUUCUUCGUGAUUGCGUUCAUCCUGGGCUAUCACUGGCUGGAUGCCGUUAUCUUCCUGAUUGGUAUUAUUGUCGCUAACGUGCCGGAGGGUCUGCUGGCAACGGUGACGGUGUGUUUGACGCUGACUGCCAAGCGUAUGGCGUCGAAGAACUGUCUGGUGAAGAACUUGGAAGCUGUGGAGACGCUGGGAUCGACUUCGACCAUCUGCUCGGAUAAGACCGGAACGCUGACCCAGAACCGGAUGACCGUCGCUCACAUGUGGUUCGACAACCAGAUUAUCGAGGCCGACACCACUGAAGACCAAAGCGGUGUUCAGUACGACCGUACCAGUCCCGGCUUUAAGGCAUUGUCCCGCAUCGCCACGCUGUGCAAUCGUGCCGAAUUUAAGGGUGGCCAAGAUGGCGUACCAAUCCUGAAGAAGGAAGUCAGUGGCGAUGCGUCGGAAGCUGCCUUGCUGAAGUGUAUGGAGCUGGCUCUCGGUGAUGUACUGAGCAUUCGCAAGCGUAACAAGAAGGUGUGCGAGAUUCCGUUUAACUCGACUAACAAGUACCAGGUGUCGAUCCACGAGACGGAGGAUCCCAGCGAUCCGCGCCAUCUGCUCGUCAUGAAGGGCGCCCCGGAGCGUAUUUUGGAACGUUGCUCGACCAUCUUCAUCAACGGCAAGGAAAAGAUGAUGGACGAAGAGAUGAAGGAGGCGUUCAACAACGCGUACCUGGAGCUGGGAGGACUUGGAGAGCGUGUGCUCGGAUUCUGCGACGUGAUGCUGCCUACGGACAAGUACCCCCAGGGAUUCAAAUUCAACGCCGACGAUAUUAACUUCCCCGUCGAGAACCUGCGCUUCGUCGGCCUCAUGUCCAUGAUUGACCCUCCGCGUGCCGCUGUCCCGGACGCCGUUGCCAAGUGCCGCUCCGCCGGUAUCAAGGUUAUCAUGGUUACUGGAGAUCACCCGAUCACCGCCAAGGCCAUUGCCAAGUCAGUCGGUAUCAUCUCGGAGGGCAACGAAACCAUUGAGGACAUCGCCCAGCGUCUCAAUAUCCCGGUUUCGGAGGUUAACCCUCGUGAGGCUAAGGCCGCCGUUGUGCACGGUUCGGAGCUGCGAGAUCUGGCCUCGGACCAGCUCGAUGAAAUUCUGCGCUACCACACCGAAAUUGUGUUCGCUCGUACAUCGCCCCAGCAAAAGCUGAUCAUCGUCGAGGGUUGCCAGCGUAUGGGCGCCAUCGUGGCCGUAACGGGUGACGGUGUCAACGAUUCACCUGCCCUGAAGAAGGCCGACAUUGGUGUUGCUAUGGGUAUCGCCGGUUCCGACGUGUCCAAGCAGGCCGCCGACAUGAUCCUGCUCGACGACAACUUCGCCUCGAUCGUCACCGGUGUCGAGGAGGGCCGCCUGAUUUUCGACAACCUGAAGAAGUCGAUCGCGUACACGCUGACGUCCAACAUUCCGGAGAUCUCGCCCUUCCUGGCGUUCAUCCUGUGCGACAUUCCGCUCCCGCUCGGCACCGUCACCAUUCUGUGCAUCGAUCUGGGAACCGACAUGGUACCCGCCAUUUCGCUGGCCUACGAGCACGCCGAGUCCGACAUCAUGAAGCGACCGCCCCGUGAUCCGUUCAACGAUAAACUUGUGAACGAAAGACUUAUCUCGAUGGCCUACGGACAGAUCGGUAUGAUCCAGGCCGCCGCCGGUUUCUUCGUGUACUUUGUCAUCAUGGCCGAGAACGGCUUCCUGCCGCUGUACCUGUUCGGUCUGCGCAAGAGCUGGGACUCCAAGGCCGUCAACGAUCUGACCGACUCGUACGGCCAGGAAUGGACCUACCGCGACCGCAAGACGCUCGAGUUCACCUGCCACACCGCGUUCUUCGUGUCCAUCGUGGUCGUCCAGUGGGCCGAUUUGAUCAUCUGCAAGACCCGCCGUAACUCGAUUUUCCACCAGGGCAUGAGAAACUGGGCGCUCAACUUCGGUCUCGUGUUCGAGACGAUACUGGCCGCGGUCCUAUCGUACACGCCCGGCAUGGACAAGGGCCUGCGCAUGUUCCCACUCAAGUUCGUCUGGUGGCUGCCAGCCUUGCCGUUCAGCUUGUCCAUCUUCGUGUACGACGAGAUUCGUCGUUUCUACUUGAGACGCAACCCAGGCGGCUGGUUAGAACAAGAAACGUACUACUAGGUCAACAAAUUUAUAUUUAAAAAGAUUAAUUAAAACAAAAAUGAGAAUGCGAGAGGAAAAAAAAAAGUGGGGCAGAUGGCAAAUCUGCAACCCUGCAACCUGCGGAAGAACAGAGAAAAACGAAAGCCGGAAAUCGCCGCAAGAAGAUGGAAAGGAAGAAAACGCGAAGAGAAGUAAAUAAAACAACAGUGAAAAAUAACAAAAAAUGAGCAUAAAAAAGUAAUUAUAUUUUUUUAAUUAUUAAAUUUAUAUAAAGUUAUAAAUUAUGAUUUCCACACACAGAAACACACAACACACACAAGAAAAAAAAACACACGAAGUAAAAGUAAAUAAAAAAAGCAAGCAGCAUGCAGUAAGAAGCAGAAGCAAAGCAAACUAGCGAAAAGAAGAAGUCGUGAAGAAGAUAAGAAGCAGUAUCUCCCGUCCUCAUCAAGUCAACCCCCCACCCCUCCCCGCGUUAUCCCAUGCCCCUCCUUUGAACUACUUUCGAACGCGCACGCGCACGAUCCCCGAAACUCGUGAGAGAAAGUGUAAAAGAAAACGAAGAAAAGAGAAAGUCACUCGCGCAACGCCAUCACACUCACUGUCACAAAAACAAACAAAGAAACACACACACACACAUUUAGCGUGUGCGCGAAUAGUAAUUUUGCCAUAGUGGUCGUGAAAUUUGCGAUUUUCCACACACACACACUCACACAGCAAGCGAACGAGCAGCAGCACAGCGAGAAAGGUAGAAAUGUGUGUGCUACAUUCGUCUCUUUCGGGCACCUGUCUGCGGAUCGUCGUUCGAUUUCUUUCCGUGUUUCACGCGUACAACAGCAAAAAUAUUCGAACGGCAAUAAUAAAACAAAGUCAACAAGUGUGUGUGUGAUUGUAAAAACGACGUUCAAACAUUACAUAUGCAUACACACAGAGACAUUCUCGCGCGCGCGCUCUCGUUUAAGCACUCACACACACCUCUAUCUUGUCGUUGUAUUGCCCCGCCCCCCUUUUGCGAAUGGAUUUCUAAGCCACGCCUUCCACUCCCCUCCUCCCGAUCCCGCGUCAACCCUUCGUCACUCCUCUCUAUCUUUCAUCAUUCUCUUAUUAUUAAUAAAUUAAAGAUAAAAAAAGAAAUGAAAUCAACUCGUUGUUAGUUACAAAGAAAAGCUAAUUUAAAAAAUUUAAAAAUAAUGAAGAAACUCUAGCAGUAGUGAGAAGAAUCAACAAAGAACUAAAAUUUAGUAGCAGAAACUAAGAUGAGUAAAAAAAAACAAGGAUAAGCGCAAGGAAAAAUUGUUAACGAAAGAAGUGAAUAUAUUAGAGGUGAAUAAAAGUUGUUUUAAAGAUUGUUUUUAUUCCUCUUCUCACGAACACGUGUUUACACUUUCUUUCCUUUACUUCCUUCACCCCCACAAGGUCCCGCCCCACCCCCUCAAACCCCGCAAUCCAGCAUCGUUUCCGUUGAGCAUUGCUUGAGUUUCGAUUGUUUCCGUUUUCCGAGUUUUGGUUUUCGUUUCGACCUUUUUUUUUUUCUUUGGUUUCGAGUCCCCCGCCCCCUUCCACAGCCACACCCCACACUCUCUCUUUCUCUUCAAUUUCACUCCCUUCUUUUAUUGUUUUGUUUUUCUCUAGUUUUUUUUCUACCUAUCUCUCUCUCUGUGUAGCAAACGGGCCGUUCCGCUCCACCGUCGGAGCCUGACCUGUGCGGUGGAAACUUACCAGUUUUUGCCGGGGUCGGGGCGAGAAGAAGAACACCACCUAAAUAUCCUCUGUCUCUUUCUCACGGGCAGUUUAAGUGUGUGUGUGUGCGCGCGCAGAGAAAGAGGUGGAACAACUCGCGGAACGGUCGCGGAAGGUUUUCUAAAUAUGAUAUAAAAAGAAGCAGAAGAGAGUAAACAAGAAAACUCUUAUUUAUUAGUGCAUAAAUGGAGAGAAAUAAACGCGAAAAUUGUUGAUUUUUAGAUGGUGAAUGAGAUAAAACAACAAUUUCAUGCAACAAAACAACAACAGUAAGAAGCUGAACAAAAUCCAAGCGUCUAAUGAACAAAUAGAAAACAAACAAAAAAACAGCAGAAAAAGUAAGCAACGCGUCACAUAAAACUGCCCGAUUGUUGUAAACUAAUUAAAAAACAAGAAAAAAAAACAAAAGAAAAAGUAUUUCAGCAAGAUGAAAAAAACAAGAAACCCAUUUAAAUGUAAAGUGAAAACAAACCGCAGAUAAACCAAGUUAGCUAAAUUUAAAGAAAAGCAGGCUAUUUGAAAUUAAUACCAAUAAAUAAAGGAAAAAGAAGAAAAACUCGUUAUAACAGCUGUAGAACAGAAACAAAACACAAACACACAGAAUAAAAUUAAGAAUAAAGGAAACAAUAUUUCUCUUCAUCAGAAACACAAACACUCGAAUCGCAGCAAGCGGGGAGAACAAAACUGAAACACACACACACACUCACACAGCAAAUAAAAUUACACAAACCCGAUUAAAAAAACAACCUUGCAUUACAUUCAAACAAAAACACGCAAAAAAAGAACAAGCAAAACCAACCCACACACACACACACACUUUCAAACCCCAACCAAGGAAGAAACCAGCAGAAAACAAACAAAAAAAAAA